AUGAGUCUCCUUGGUGAUAGCGAUGAGGAAGAUAACAACCCAUUCGCCGGUACAAGUCAUCUAUACGCUUCGGGAAUUGCUGCAGUUCCCGAGGGCCAAGACGAUUUUAUCCCAACAAAUGUGACUAAUGUGUUGUCGACAGUGCAAGAGAAAAAGGAGACCAGAAGCGAGUUGAUGAAUCAACUCUUUGGUACAGACGUGAUAGAACCAAAUGGUGAUCAAGACUUUUCGGUUGCCGCAACAGAAGGAAUUGAGGAUAGCCUUUUUUCUGGAAACGAUUUGAUUUCCCCUACUGAGUAUUUGAAGGAGAAUGAAGUGAUAAAAAUCAGUGAUGCGGGUCAUUACCGUGACAUGUAUGGCAAAUAUGCGAUUGGAUACACGAUAGUGUUCGAUGGGAAGGAGAUUACACGACGAUAUUCUGAAUUUGACACAUUGCGUCACGCCCUUUGCAGAUUGCUACCCACCAUUGUUAUACCUCCAAUACCGUCCAAACAUCCGUUAAUUAAGUAUUUCAUUCAACCGCUCAGUGCCGAGAAGGAUAUCAAGAUAAUUGAUCGGCGGAAAAGGCUACUGGCGUCAUUUCUGAAUAAUUCCUACAAUAUACCCGAAAUACGGGAUCAUGUGGUAUUCAAAAAAUUCCUGGAUCCUGAGCAGGUUUGGCAGAGUGUACUGAGCUCCCCUCCGAUCUCGAUUCUGCCGUCCAAUAAUCUUCUUGCCCCGCCUUUGAAUCCGACAAAACCCAGUCCUUUGCAUUUGCUACUCCCGAGCCCGUCGUCGACUGCGAAUGGAUAUCUGGAAGAUUCUAUGAACGACGAGGACAAGUGGCUUGAGGCAAAGUUUUACGAGUAUGAAAUCCUACUGAACCGAUUCGACAAAAUGCUCCAGCCUUUCGAAAGGCAUGCGAAACAAACAAAAUCUCAUCUCAGAGGACUAGCCAAUUCGCUUGCCGAAUUAGGCGCUUACUACAAUGCUUUCAGCCUUGAGUGUGCUCUCGUGACUCUACAUAAGAAUAUGACUUAUAUCGAUGAGCUCUCGAAGGGAAUAGAGAAAAUUGGGCAGGCCAUCGAUGUAAACUACGUCAGUUCCGAAAUUUUGAGCGAAAGAAUUCUCUCUCUUUUAGAAGAACCGCUUGGCGAGAUGUCACAAUUUAUGGCAGAGGCCCGUCAAGUUCUUCGGUUUCGAAAGUUGAAGAGGAUACAAUAUCGCAUUGUCGACGCCACGAUAAAGAAACGAGAAGCUCGCAUACAGAGUCUAGAGAGCGCUCAGGAGCAAAUGUCUAGGCUUGAAAAGGCUUUGAAGGAGAACGCUGAGGAUUCACCUACAAUAGCGCAAAUGGUGAAUCGUAUGGAGAAUCCGACAGAAGCAGCAGUACCUGCAGAAACAGUGCUGUCGUCCAGGCAACGACAGCGACAGGGAUCGCAGGGAAAAUGGACUGGACGACUUUUCAAAUCCAGAAUUGCGCACGGCUCCUCACACUUAUCUCAGUCUCCAACUGGCCGCGAGAUCGAACCACAUCUCUUGACUGACGACGAGAGAAAAGAAGAAGUAAUCCGUCUCAAGAAAGAAGUAGAUAAACUACACGAAUGUUUCAAGUUACUCACCAGAGACCUCGCGCAGGUCAACGACUCCACACUUGGAAGCUUGCAUGGGCUAUUUGCUUAUAUUAAUAACUGUUGGGAAGUUAUCAUGAAAAGAAUGGCACGAAUCCUCUUAAAAUGGUUAAAGGAUUGUCUUCAAGCGUGGGAAAACGCACGGAACGUAAUAGAGUACAUAACAAUUGAGAGCUAA